AUGGGUGACGCUGAUUACGCACAGAAUCCCCAUGACAGUCAAUUUUCAAAAUUUGUUAAUGAAGUUACAGCGGAGGAAUUUGUAGAGAUUCCCCUCUUUUCCGACGCCGAACACGAUGGUGAGGACGUCUGUCCAAAUUUGGCUCGAAUAGACCCACAACCCUCCCUAGUUGAGGUAGAAUGCAUCUAUCCGCCGCACUCAGAGUCACGACCGGAGUCACAGAUAUAUUGUGAAUCCCCCAAAAGCGUCAUCUCCGAUUCCCAGUCGGCGUUCAACGAUGCGAAUUGCCUAAAUCUGGACAAUGAGGAGGUCGGGGAAGAUCUAAAAUUAAACGAAGGAUUAGCGUAUGAAAUGCAAUAUCAGUGCACUCUUUUGAGCCCCUCUCUUGUCCGCGCUAUCACCUCGGAUAUUGAAGAAAUUAAACGCUCUUUGGCAAAAGCUAAUGCUUCAAAUAAUACGAUGCCAGAUUUGUUGCCGAAGCAGGGCACAGGUGCUCUCCCAACUGUAUCUCCAAUCAAGGGAACGCUACACUCGAAGCAAAUUAUCAAUGACAAAAUUUCAAAUGAACGGGAUGUGCUGUUUAAAUUUCAACGCUCAACCAAGUUGUCUGGGGCUCGAAAAAGGCACGAAAACUCGAGAUCAGGUUUCAGCAAGAGAAUUAUCCACCUUCCUACGAAAGCAAAAAUGCUCAAGUCCAAUGGGCAGCUCAACGGUAGUAAAAGUGAACGUUUGACGACCCGACAGUGGACCUUUCCAGCAGCUGCCAACACGGUUUACAGCAGUUCAGAGAACCCGAGUGACUCGGAGGGCGGGGACGUCGAGGGUCCGAGUCCUUCGUGCUCUUCAUCGGUUGUCACCGCAGCCCCGACCAAAAGUGACGACUGUGAAGGUGUCAAGAUCGAAACCCACGACGGAGAGUGGUCCUUGCAACGUAAACCGCCCCUCAAUGGAACGCCACAGGCGGCUGUAUCUGACUCUCAGGCCUGUGGACCACCACUGCAAUUGCAGCAUCCGCGACGGCAUAAACAACCGCAAACAUGCGAGCCCGAUUACGGGAGCGAUGAGGACACUGAUCAGCUUCUCGGCAAACAGUACCAAUCUGACAAGCCAGUUGAAAUACCUGAAUUAAAGCAGGAGGCUGAGUACUUGUCCGUGAAGCAACGGCGUGGUCGAGAGGUUGCGGUUCACCAUCCGGAUUUUCCCGAUCGAUUGAUUGAAGGCCGUCUUUACCACUCCCGGUACUUGGGGAGCACUCAGCUCCUGUGUGAAAGUCACCCCUCGAAAAUCAACAGAUUGCAUCAAGCCCAAGAGGCGGUCAACAGAGUCAAGGAAAUCGUGAUGGACCACGAUCUGCGCUUCAUUUCCUACAUUGCCGAUAUCGGCAGCAUUCUUGUCCUGAUGGUUCGUCGUCGUCGUCCCAGCACUCCGCCCGCUGCCCGUAGCGCUCCCCCAACGGACUCCCCCUGUGGCCAGCCUGAAAGCACCAACGUUGCCAAUGGUGGGGUGAAUUCUGAGGCUCUUGACACCAUCCAAGAUCAACUGACUCAUUUGCCUCCCAAGAUUACGUGCCAUCUCUUUGAAAGCGAUGAGACCCAGAUGAUCGCUCAAGCGAUUGGCAAGGCUUUCCAGGAAGCCUACUUCGAGUUCCUGCGCCAAAACGGCGUUGAGGAUCCAGAGGCCUUUCAAGAACGGAGCUACCAAAAUAUACUUAACCAGCAGGAGAUAUUUCAGAACGAAUUGGCCUUCUUUUCUGACCGAGACCAGGAGAAGGAGGUGAUAGUCCCUAAGCAGAAAGGCGAGACGUUGGGCGUGGUGAUUGUGGAAUCAGGCUGGGGCAGUGUCCUGCCCACGGCCGUGCUUGCCAACAUGCACCCUGCAGGACCUGCUGCUCGCUGUGGCCAGUUGAACAUUGGCAAUCAGAUCAUCUCUAUCAACGGUCGCAGCCUAGUCGGUCUGCCUCUCGCCUCCGCUCAGGCUCUGAUCAAGGCGACGAAAAACCAGACAUCCGUAAAACUAGUAAUCGUAAACUGCUCUCCCGUUGUGGAGGUGUUGAUUCGCCGACCGGAUCACAAAUUCCAGCUGGGCUUCAGCGUUCAGGACGGUGUUAUUUGCAGUCUACUACGAGGUGGCAUUGCUGAAAGGGGCGGCAUACGCGUAGACCACCGCAUAAUCGAAAUCAACGGCGAGUCUGUUGUCGCGGUGCCUCAUGAGUACAUUGUUCAGCUGCUGGCAAAUGCUGUUGGUGAGAUCUACAUUCGGACGAUGCCGACCUCGAUUUUCCGCCUGCUAACCGGGCAGGAUACGCCGCAUUACAUAUGA